AUGAAAAGAUGUGAUUGGGAAUCUAUUCAUUCAAUUUGGAAUCUAACAUCAGAUUCUGAGUCAUGCCAUGAUCAUAGCCCAAAAGGAGAAGAUCAUAUUGAUCAGGUGGAAACUUCUCAGCAGCAAAUAUCUCAAAUCCUUGGUGAAGGAGAACGUGGGGAUGGAAUUUCCCUUGGCAAAGAUGGAAAGUCUCCAUCCAAAAAGACUUCAAAAGAAAAGUCUUUGCAAAAACAAAUAGAUACAGAAGGUUGUACACCAGUAAAAGGGAAGAAAAUAAAGGGCAGUGCAAAGGGGAAAGAUAAUGAUGGAGAUGUGGAAGCUGCGGAGGAAGAAACUUUUGAAAAGCUUGUUGAACCAAAUGUUUCCUCCUCAAUGCUGCCUUUGAUGCUUUCUGAGAAAGUUCAUCGUACAAAGGCACUUAUUGAGUGUCAAGGUGACUCCAUUUAUCUGAGUGGUGAUAUGGGUGCUGUAGGUCGGGUUAUUAUUUCAGAUGCUCCGUCUGGGGAUCAGGAAAUGUGCUUAGACUUGAAAGGAACAAUAUACAAAACAACUAUAGUUCCUUGCCGGACGUUUUGUGUUGUUAGCUUCGGACAGUCAGAGGCAAAGAUAGAGGGCGUAAUGAAUGACUUCAUACAGCUGAAGCCACAGUCUAACGUUUAUGAAGCUGAAACUAUGGUUGAAGGGACAUUGGAUGGUUUCUUCUUUGAUUCGGAUGAGGAAGCUGGCAAGAUGCAAAAAGCUGCUCACCAAACUGAUGAAAAUGAGCAUGCGGAGGAACAGACAAAUGGUAAAUCCAAAGGGAAGGCUGACAAAACAUCAGGUGCUGUAAAGAAAAGAGGUAGAAGUACGGGAGUAAAAUCACAACCGAAGAUAGUAAAGAAGAAAGCUCCAGCCAAGAGGGCAAAGACCAAGAAAUGAGUCAAAGGAACACACUCUUGCUGUAUAUGCCAUGAACCAAAUUAAUCAUCUCCGAAUUAAAAGCACAGAUGCUGAAUCACUUCGCCCCUGACAGUAGUGGUGAUAGUAGAACAGCUGCAAUUAAGAGUUCUUACCAAACCCUGAGCAGAAGAAUUGAAAGCUAAUGGUCCAGUUAAUGAGUUAUUAUCAAUUCAUUCUUAUUAUGUUCUUUUAUUUUAGGCCUGUUUAGACAAUACUUAUUGUAGUUUCUUUUCCAGUGAAUAUUAU